UUGACCUUAUUGGCCGGAUCAGGAACUGGGAGGUGUGGAGAAAAGUCUAAAGAACUAAACAAACUUCCCUUCAGUCUGACCGAGGAACCAGCGGAGACGCACAUUCACAACCUGAUUCAACAGCAAAACAAGAACCAAAUCCUGACGCCAUCAUGUCUGCUGCCAAACGUGCCAAAGGAAAGACCACGAAGAAGCGGCCGCAGAGGGCCACCUCCAAUGUCUUUGCCAUGUUUGACCAAUCCCAGAUCCAGGAGUUUAAAGAGGCCUUUAACAUGAUCGAUCAGAACAGAGACGGAUUCAUCGAUAAGGAGGAUCUUCAUGAUAUGUUGGCCUCUCUUGGAAAGAACCCAUCGGAUGAGUAUCUGGAGGGCAUGAUGAGUGAAGCUCCAGGACCCAUUAACUUCACCAUGUUCCUCACCAUGUUUGGAGAACGUCUGAACGGAACCGACCCCGAGGACGUCAUACGGAACGCCUUCACGUGCUUCGACGAAGAAGCUUCUGGUUUCAUACAUGAGGAUCAUCUCCGUGAGCUCCUCACCACCAUGGGAGAUCGCUUCACGGAUGAAGAAGUGGACGAGCUGUUCCGCGAGGCGCCCAUCGACAAGAAAGGAAACUUCAACUACGCCGAGUUCACUCGCAUUCUCAAACAUGGCGCCAAAGACAAAGACGACAUGUAAAACCCAGCAACUCAAUUCAUGAAGCAGCUAAAUCCAGCUGUGUAAGUUAUUGAAGACUGAAGCAGGUAUUCAACACUGAUGUAAAAUGAAAUGAAGAAAACGUGACAUAAAUAUGUGACGUUCAAGUGGCUUAGUUUGCACAACAUUGUUUUGCUGGUUUUAUGUAUUGAGAACCUUUAAAAACCUAUUAAAAAAUCUGAAUUUAGCCUUUUUUUGUUUGUUCAACAAAAGGAACCUUUGGUAUACACGCGUGAUUUUACAAUAAACUUUUUUUUUCCA